AUGCCAUCAGAAAUAACAUCCGGUAUCAUUCAAGAAGACAUUCAUAAAUAUAAUGCAACUAAAUGGAUUGAAAAUGCCCUAAAGGUUGGAAAAGUUAACUCCAUAUCCUUUAAAGAAUUGAAGAAACCGAAAUCGCUUAAUACAGGAAAUUUUGGAUGUAUAAUGAAAGCAAUUUGGACCAAAACAAAUAACUAUGUCGUUUAUAAAAAGUUGACUAAUACAGAAGCAAUUAGAGGUGAUGUAUUGGAAGCUUUUAUCCAUGAAUUACAAAUCCACUUGCGCCUUGAUUAUAGCGAACGAAUCGUACGUUGCUUGGGUAUUAGUCAAGGUAAUGGAACUCGUGAGACUACGAUCCCGGGUACUCCUAAAGAUUAUGAGUUGAUUUAUAAAAGAUGUUGGAGACAAGAACCUAAGCAAAGGCCAACUAUCGAAGAGGUAUUGGACGAUUUUGCAAAGAUGAAUUUUGGAACGGAUAAAAGUCCAUCAGUUAAAGAUGUAUAUGUAGAAUUUGACCCGGAAAUCGCCAAUGAUCAUAAUAAUCAAACCUCGGAAUCACAAUUUAUUAAUUUCUUGGAAAAUCAUUAG